UGCCCUUUAUGGAAACAGAAGCGUGCUCGAUUUUCAGUAAAUGACAUUGUUUUUCCUCUUCAUAUAUUUUGUGAUGGUGUAGAAUGUAAUAAUCCGUUGGGUUCGCACAAUAGAGUCCUGGAUGCUGUUUAUGCAUCUCUGCCAUGCUUACCAUCUGAAUGUCAAUCAUUAAUUGAAAAUGUUUUCUUGGUCUAUCUCUAUGAAUAUAGUUUGCGUAAGGAUUUUACUGAUAAGGAGAUUUUUGCACAUCUGAUAUCCAUGCUAAAGUCACUUGAAGAUGAUGGAAUAUUAGUUCAAACUAAUGAUGGUGAAAAGCGCAUUUACUUUGUUACUUGUCUUUUGCUUGCUGAUAACAAAGCUAUGAAUUCUCUUGGUGGUUUUGUUGAAGGAUUCACUGCAAAUUAUUUUUGUAGAUUUUGCAAAGCUUUUAUCGAUGACACUCGUACUCAGGCAAUAGAAAUGCCUAAUCUGUUAAGAGACGAAAUUUCAUAUGCUGAGGAUGUUGCAGCUUGUGCCCCUAUAUUAACAGGGGUAAAGUCUGAUUGCUUUUUAAAUGCUCUACCUUCGUUCCACAUCACAAGUAAUUAUUCAGUUGAUAUUUUUCAUGACUUGGCCGAAGGGUGCUGUCAUUAUGUCGUGGUACAUGUGCUGAAACACUGCAUCCCCAAAUUUUUUACUCUAGAGACUUUAAAUGAUCGCAUCAGUUCUUUCUAUUUUGGUUUAUGUGAAUCUAAUAACAUUCCUCUAAUCAAUGACAAUCGGUUGAAUGAAGGAUGCACUAAAUUAAGAAUGUCAGGUUCAGAGACUAUGAUGUUUGUAAAAUACUUGGGUCUACUAGUUGGUGACUUGAUCCCAGAAAAUGAUGAUUAUUGGUUGUUAUUCUUAAAACUACGUCAAGUAAUUGAUAUCUGUUUUAGCAAGUGUAUCACUGCCUCCACUUCUACUUCUUUAAGAAUUUUAGUUGAAGAGUUCAACA